AUGGCGGACGCGGAGGCGGGCGGAGGCCUGUUUGGGGUUGAGGAGGAGCUUCUUGACGAGCCGCAGACGCAGCAGCAGCUGGAGCAGCAGCAGCAGCUGUCGGAGGAGUUUCUGGAUGAGGCUACGAGACUAGCGGGGGAGCAGCAGCUGCUGCAGGCCGAGAGCCUGCGGCUCCAGGCUGCGCAGGAGGAACUGCAGCGGCAGGAGCUGCAGCAGCAGGAGUACCCUGCGGAGGAGACGCAGCAGCACAGCAGCAGCAGCCCGGAAGCAGCUGUUGCUCGCCGAGAAAAGAAAGCCAAGAAGGAAAAGGGGGAGCGGAAGCACAAGCACAAGCACAAGCACAAGCACAAGCACAAGCACAGGGAGCAGCGCAAAGCAGCAGCAGCAACCGACGCAGAUCCAGAUAACUUAGAUGGAUUUAUUGAAAGAGAUCCAGAAGCAGAAAUUCAUGAAGAUCCUGAUGACAUUGUGCCGGUGGAGGGCGGCAUCGACAGCGACAACAGAGGUUCCGAGCUCAACGAAAGGAGCCUGGAGGCAGGGGAGCCAGCCACUGCAAAGCUCCAAAUGCUGGACACUGUCUGUACAGAGCUCGUCAAGCCAAAAUGGCGUCACUGGUUCGUUUCCGAAGGCUGCUGCCAGGUCAUUGCUGGCUGGCUUGCCCCCUUUAAAGAUGACAGUUUGCCCAAUUUUUCGCUGAGACGGAGGCUGCUGGAGGUCUUGGGGCAAAUGCCAAUCACUGCACAGGACUUGGCCAACAACGACUUGGGCAAGGUCUUGGUGCUUCUCUGGCAGCACGACGAUGAGACGGAAAGCAAUCGCCAGCUUAUAAGGGGGCUCAUUCAAAAGUGGAUGCGCCCAGUGCUGGGCCUGGGCUCAAGUCACCGGCAACUCAUCUCAGAGAGGGAAAGAGCUUUCGAGGCAAACGAUUCUGACCUUCAGCAGAAACUGGUUAAGGCCGCCCAGGCAGCCAAGCAGUUCCGAGAGAAGGCAGAGGCUGAGAAAGCAGCAGAACAACAGGCAGAGAAGAGGCGGCGAACUGCCCGGAUCCCUGUUAAUAGAGGCCACAACUUCCUAAUACAACCGAGGUCCCAAAUAGACUUGGACGAAGCAGAAGGCAAACAGCAGCAAGCGUCCCAGCUAAACAAGGCUCUCCGUAUUGGAUCUCGGGUGCCGCGUCGGCCCACAAAAGCAACGAAAGUUUCUAUAGAAGGCCGCGGGCUCUAA